UUGUGGGCUUCAUGCCGGCAGGAGGCUUGGUUCGAUCAUUGUUUCCGAAUCUUUUCCCGCAACGUACAAAUCAUUCGCAUCAAAACAGAAGAGCUAGAAAUCGAUGUUUCAUACGCGGGCACCAAAGUAAUAGAAAGCGCCAAAUGGCAGAAGGAAAACAUCAAGGGGCAGCGUUUGGGGACAUUAAGCACCAUCCUGAAAAUCUGGUCCAAAGGGAAAGGUCUGAAUGACUCCACUCAUCAUUUCUUGA